CACAACUUAUUCGUUACAACAAAAUCAUACUUUCUACUCAACAAUUAACUCCAAUUAGACCACUUUCAAUUAUUCAAUUAAGACACAAUUCCUCAAACACCAAUUCUCACACCAAUUCUCCAAACAAUAAGGAAGUCGGUAAUGACUCGAAUCUUCUUCCAUAUCACAAUUUAUCUCCAAUACCACGUCCAAAUGAAUCGAUAGAACAAAAACGUUCCCGUUUACUUUACCAAUCUCGUAAACGUGGUAUAUUAGAGACAGAUUUAUUAUUAUCUACUUUUGCUAAUAAAUAUUUAAAAUGUUUUACUGAAAGUGAAUUAAAAGAAUAUGACGAAUUAUUAGACGUGCCUGAUUGGGAUAUUUAUUACUUUUCUACCAAUAAAAAACCUAUACCUAGUAAAUGGGAAAAUAGUAGUGUUUUUAACAAAUUUAAACAACACGUUAAAAAUGAAGGUAGAGUUAUUUUAAGGAUGCCCAAUUUGUAA